CACAGCGAUCCACACCUCCGCCAUGGCCGUGGUGAAAGAGAGGGCGCGGCUGCCUUGUGACGUGACUUCCGUGGUGCCCGAGGACAGGAUAGUGUUGAUAUUGUGGUACCGAGGCACCACCGGUACUCCAAUAUACAGUUUCGACGCACGAGGAACAACAGUAGAAAACGGCAAACACUGGAAGGACGAGGAAGUUCUCAAAAAACGGGCUUACUUUCACCUCCUCCCGGGCAGCACGUGGGGCGGCCCCUCGGCUCCUGGCGCCCACCUGGAGCUGUUCCCGGUGAAGGACAGUGACCAAGAGAGUUACCGUUGCAGAGUGGACUACCUCCUCUCCCCCACUAAGAAUACAAUCGUCAACUUCACCGUCAUUAUCCCGCCGGAAAAGCCUCAGAUCUACAAUGCCUCCAAUUACUUGAUCGUGGGGAAGUCAGACGCCAGCAUCAUAGGACCUUACAAUGAGGGAGAACAGCUGGAUCUCAUCUGCAAAGUUACUGGAGGUCGUCCCACGCCUACUGUCAUGUGGUUCGUGAAUGAGGAGGCGUGGCAGGCACCGGUCACGGAGGAGGCGCCUGGAGUGAUCAGCGCCGCCCUCACCUUGCCGCAGCUCACCCGCCGCCACCUCCAUGCCGUGUUCGAGUGUAGGGCCUUCAACUUCAACGGCUCCAUGCCCGCCACAGCCACCGCCACGCUCGACAUGAACUUUCGCCCGCUCAACGUCACCAUCCUGAGCACACCGGACUACCUGAGCGCCGGCACGGAGUACGAGCUGGUGUGUCAGUCGUGGGGAUCGCGGCCGUCAGCUAUCAUCAGCUGGUGGAAGGGCGGCACCACGGCCCUCAAGGAUGCCCUCAUGACGACCUCCCCAGAUAGCAACGUGACCACCUCCAUCCUCAAGUACCGCGCCGAGAUGACCGACAGCGGAAAGCACCUUACGUGUCGCGCCAUCAACCAGCACAUCUCGCAGUCAGCACGCGAGGACAGCCUGCGCCUCAACGUGUACUACAAGCCUGUGGUGACACUACAGAUGGGGAACAACCUCAACCCAGAUAACAUUAAGGAGGGCGACGAUGUGUACUUCGAGUGCCACAUCAACGCCAACCCCGUGGUGCGUCACGUGUCUUGGCUGCAUAACGGCGAUCCGGUGGAGCAUCGCGGGAGCAAGGGAAUCCUCAUCCAGAACCAGACGUUAGUACUUCAGAGGCUCUCCAAAGACGCCGCAGGACUGUACACGUGCAAGGCCACCAACAGUGAGGGGGAAGGAACCAGCCAACCAGUAGCCCUUAGCAUCAAAUACAAGCCGUACUGCCGCCGCCACAGUAAGAACGUUUACGGCACGGCCCUGCACGAGCCUGCCAGCGUCACGUGCGAGGUGGAGGCCAGCCCGGGCCCCGUCACCUUCAGAUGGACCUUCAACAACACCUCCGAGCACCUGCCUAUCCCCGCCUCCGCCGUCACGUCCAAGGAGCUGGUGUCGGUUGCCAGCUACGCCCCCAAGAGCCACCUGGACUACGGCACGUUGCUGUGCUGGGCAUUCAACAGCGUCGGGGAGCAGGCCGUGCCGUGCGCCUUCGCCAUCAUCCCAGCAGGCCAUCCAGACCCGCCCAAGAACUGCUCCAUCGCCAACCAGACCACAGAGACCAUAGAGGUGGAGUGUGUGGCUGGUUUCGACGGCGGCUUGCCCCAGACCUUCUAUAUGGAGGUGUAUGACUCCAGCACGGGGGCGCUGCACCGGAACAUGUCCUCCCGCGAGCCACUAUUCUUGUUGACGGCUCUGAGACCCGGCCUGGCCUUCCUCAUGGUGACCUACGCCGCCAACGCCAAAGGUAGAAGUGACAAAGCGGAGCUGGAAACCUUCACCCUUAAAGUUGCUGAGAAGAGAACAGGUCCCCCUGCGCUGCUAGAAUUCACUCCUUUCCUCGGCAUCGUCCUCGGAGUCGUCCUCGUCAUCUUCCUCGUUGUCAUCGUCAUUAUCGUCGUCUUUAAGUUCCGGAAACCACAGGUCAGCCGCCCGGAGGAGGGGGAAGCAGUCGGGGAGGAGUUUAAGAGUGACCUAGAAAAACAAGCCGGUGGGGGGCGUGGUGCUGCGUGCCCGCCCGAAGGAAGGUCCCAGUGAGGCGGAGGACAAGGACCCUGACAUCAUCCCCCCCCAUGCCGAGUCAAUAAUGACGAGGCCGCCUCCUCCUGCAGACCUCAUGACCUACACGACCUAUGAGGAUCUGGAGCUAGGCGGCGGCGGCGGCGGUGGGGGCGGCGGCGGCAUGAGCCAGUCCCAGUUCGGUGCCAAAUUCGAGCCAGCGCCUCCCGUAAGAGCUUCUCCAUUACAGGCGUCACCUCCGCCUUCCUUUUACUCCCAAGGUUAGUGUGUUCAGAGGCGCUUUUUGGCAUGACGGGGCCGCCGCGCCAGCGCCACGACAUGCAGCCUCGCAGCCACACACACACACACACACACACUCCAGUGUCCAGCGUAACCAGGCGGACGCGGGCGGGGAACUGAACUACGUGGAGCUGUCCCUGCCGCCUGAAAAUCUUCCUGGAGGAGGCUACAGCGACGAGGACCCCUGCAUGUACCCCUCCCUGGGCCACCGGAGGAGCCUGUGC